GCGGAGGAGAAGAAGAGAGGAGGAGGAGGAGAAGAAGAAGGAGGACGGUUUGAAAGCGAACGGCUCGCAGAAGGGGCAGGUGGAAGUCAACGCCGACCCACCUCCGCUUGGCGGUCUCGAACGGACCUCGGUGGAAGACCGAGACAUGGAAGACGCUCACACUAAAUCCGCGUCCGAAGUUUUAAAACACUUCGACGUGAAUGAAAACAACGGAUUGACCACGGAACAGGUCAAAACCAAUUUCGAGAAAUAUGGACCGAACGAACUCCCAGCAGAGGAAGGGAAGUCUCUCUGGGAGCUGGUGGUGGAGCAGUUCGAGGAUCUCCUCGUCAGAAUUCUGCUGCUCGCUGCCUGCGUGUCAUUCGUGCUGGCACUGUUUGAGGAAGGCGAGGAGUCCACUACGGCCUUUGUGGAGCCUAUAGUCAUCCUGCUCAUCCUGGUUGCCAAUGCAGUCAUUGGAGUUUGGCAGGAGCGUAAUGCGGAGAAUGCCAUUGAAGCUCUGAAGGAGUACGAGCCAGAGAUGGGUAAAGUGUACCGCAUGAACCGCAAGGCCGUGCAGAGAAUCAAGGCUCGGGAUAUUGUGCCAGGAGACAUUGUGGAGGUGGCAAUUGGAGACAAGGUGCCCGCUGACAUCCGAAUCGUCUCCAUCAAAUCCACUACUCUCCGAGUGGACCAGUCCAUCCUCACAGGCGAGUCUGUAUCUGUUAUCAAACACACUGACCCAGUACCUGACCCACGAGCCGUAAAUCAAGACAAGAAGAACAUGUUGUUUUCCGGCACCAACAUCGCCGCAGGCCGUGCCAUCGGCGUCGUGGUCUGCACCGGCGUCUCCACCGAGAUCGGCAAGAUCCGUAACCAGAUGGCGAGCACGGAGCAAGAGAAGACGCCGCUGCAGCAGAAGCUGGACGAGUUCGGCCAGCAGCUCUCCAAAGUCAUCUCUCUCAUCUGCAUCGCGGUUUGGCUCAUCAACAUCGGCCACUUCAACGACCCCGUGCACGGCGGCUCCUGGUUCCGCGGCGCCAUCUACUACUUCAAGAUCGCCGUGGCCCUGGCCGUCGCCGCCAUCCCCGAGGGUCUUCCCGCCGUCAUCACCACCUGUCUGGCUCUGGGAACACGCCGCAUGGCCAAGAAGAACGCCAUCGUGCGCUCUCUGCCCUCUGUGGAGACCCUGGGCUGCACCUCGGUCAUCUGCUCCGACAAGACUGGAACGCUUACGACCAAUCAGAUGUCCGUGUGCAGGAUGUUUGUGGUGGAUAAAGCAGACAACUCCAGCUGUUCCCUCCAUGAGUUCACCAUCACAGGAUCGACCUAUGCUCCAGAAGGACAAGUGCUGAAAGCUGAUAAACCCGCGAGGUGCGGCGAGUUUGACGGCCUCAUCGAACUGGCCACAAUCUGCUCCAUGUGUAACGACUCUUCUCUGGACUACAAUGAGGCCAAAGGAGUCUACGAGAAGGUGGGUGAAGCCACGGAAACGGCGCUCACCACCCUGGUCGAGAAGAUGAACGUCUUCAAUACCGACUUGUCCAGCAUCAGCAAAGUGGAGAGGGCAGGAGUCUGUAACGGGGUAAUCAAGAGCCUGAUGAAGAAGGAGUUCACCCUGGAGUUUUCCCGAGACAGGAAGUCCAUGUCUGUGUACUGCACACCCACUAAAUCUGGCACCCAGAGCAAGAUGUUUGUUAAGGGAGCACCAGAGAGCGUGAUCGAGCGCUGUACACACGUACGUGUGGGUACGGCGAAGGUGCCACUGACCAUGGCUGUGAAGGAGGAGCUGAUGGGGACGAUCAGGGACUGGGGCACGGGCAAGGACACGCUGCGCUGUCUGGCACUGGCCACACGAGACACACCCCUUCGCAGGGAGCAGAUGGACCUGGAGAACUCGGCCAAGUUCGCCGAGUAUGAGGCGGACCUAACCUUCGUCGGCUGCGUGGGCAUGUUGGACCCACCUAGGAAGGAGGUGAUCGGCUCAGUGAAGCUGUGCAGCGAGGCAGGCAUCCGCGUCAUCAUGAUCACAGGAGACAACAAGGGUACGGCCGUGGCCAUCUGCAGGCGUAUCGGGAUCUUCUUGGAGAACGAGGACGUGGAGGGCAAGGCGUACACGGGUCGCGAGUUUGACGACCUCUCCCCCGACGCGCAACGAGAGGCGGUGAAACGUGCACGCUGCUUCGCUCGCGUCGAACCCGCUCACAAAUCCAAGAUCGUGGCCUACCUGCAGUCCUUCGAUGAGAUUACAGCCAUGACCGGCGACGGCGUGAACGACGCCCCCGCUCUGAAGAAGGCAGAAAUUGGCAUCGCCAUGGGCUCAGGCACGGCCGUGGCCAAGUCCGCCUCCGAAAUGGUGCUCUCCGAUGACAACUUCUCCACUAUCGUGGCCGCUGUGGAGGAGGGCCGGGCCAUCUACAACAACAUGAAGCAGUUCAUCCGCUACCUCAUCUCCUCCAACGUGGGAGAGGUCGUCUGCAUCUUCCUGACUGCCAUCCUGGGGCUUCCUGAGGCUCUGAUCCCUGUGCAGCUGCUGUGGGUGAAUCUAGUAACAGACGGUCUACCUGCAACAGCGCUGGGCUUCAAUCCCCCAGACCUGGACAUCAUGGUGAAGCCUCCUCGUAACCCCAAAGAGCCACUAAUCUCCGGCUGGCUCUUCUUCAGAUACCUCGCCAUCGGAGGGUAUGUGGGACUGGGAACAGUCGGUGCUGCCACCUGGUGGUACCUGUAUGAUGACCACGGUCCACAGGUGUCUUUCCACCAGCUGCGUCACUUCAUGCAGUGUACUGACGAAAAUCCCAUGUUCGAGGGCAUCGACUGUGAAGUGUUUGAGUCCCGCUACCCCACCACCAUGGCCCUCUCUGUGCUCGUCACUAUAGAGAUGUUUAACGCACUGAACAGUCUUUCAGAAAACCAGUCUCUGCUGAGGAUGCCUCCAUGGGUUAAUAUCUGGCUUUUGGGAGCCAUCCUACUCUCCCUGUCUCUCCAUUUCCUCAUAUUGUAUGUGGAGCCUCUACCACUGAUAUUUCAGGUCACUCCUCUGUGCUGCUCCCAGUGGCUUGUCGUCCUCAAGAUCUCCUUCCCGGUCAUCCUCUUGGACGAAGCGCUCAAGUACUUCUCCCGACAUCAUUUAGAAGGGGAAGAGGAGGCGAGGUACAUGAAGACUCGGCAGCUGAAAUUCUAGGACGGCUCCUCCUGCUCUGGCGCCCACUCUCGGACAUGCAUACACUCGCUCCGUUUUCCCCCGUUUCCCUUUUAUGAUCUACCAGGCAGCCCUCACACACUCCCGUUUGCCUCUCUUCCCGAAAUCAUCAUACCUGCUGGCCUGGUCACCACUAGAAACAAACUGGGCAGCGUCUGAGUGCUAGAGUGUGAGAGUGCGUCUGAGAGAGCGAGAGAGUGCGUCUGAGAGAGCGAGAGAGUGCGUCUGAGAGCAAGAGUGCGUCUGAGAGUGCGUCUGAGAGUGCGUCUGAGAGUGCGUCUGAGAGUGCGUCUGAGAGAGCGUCUGAGAGAGCGAGAGUGCAUCUGAGAGAGCGAGAGAGUGCGUCCGAGUGAGUGUGUGUGCGCCUGUGUGAGUGUGUGUUGUCUUGUAACAGCACAAGCAUGGCCUCCAUAACACAACGUUGCGUGACAAACCAUGAAAGUUCAUUAGGGACUCUCUUUUAUUUGGCUUCUUCUUGGCUUCCAUGCAGUAGAUAUUUAGUGCAAUAACCAGAGCUAGAACUUGGAGAGCAGAGGAAAAGGUCAAAGUUUAAAGGUCGUGUUGUGUUUUGCUUGUGGAUUUAUGAUUUGUUGGAUCCCGUUCAAGCUGCAGAUGGACGGUUCAUUCCAUCACAGGGCUGUGGGAGGUGCAGGAAGAGAAACGCCAUCUGGAUAGCUCCGUGUGUAUGUGUCCGUGUGUGUGUGUGUGAGUGAGAGUGUGUGUGUGUGUGUGCAGGGACAGAUGCAAGGCCAGUUUAAUUGACUAGUCACCUGUAGUCUCACACCAUGUCAAUUUUCUGUUUAAGGCACAUUUCCAGAGGUCACAACACCUUGAUAUUGAAACGGAAGCUUUAGGGACCCAUUUUUAAUAUUAGCUUAUAAAAAGGAACGAUUCAUGUAGACACAAUUUAAGAUAUAUAUAUAUAUUUGGUCACCAAAAAAUGGCCAUUUUGGAUAUGAAAUGAGCUUCAGUAAUGGCUUGUUACUGUUUAAAGAUUGACCAAUCAGAAGACAUUCAUCAUGAUAAGCUCCUCCCCUUUAGUCAGGGUCAAGCAGGAGUUAAAAAGGAUCCACGGAUCUGGUGGAAAAAUGGGAAAAUAUUAUCUCAGGUGGCGAUGCUCUAAAUCUUCCCUUGCUUUUUAUAAAUAUGGCUGAAUAUCCUUAGAUGGAAAUGUGAUCUUUUAUUCCCCCUCCUAAAUCUUCAAAAUUGCUCCGAAGCUUUUUAGAUAAACUCUCCUGGCUGCGGUUUCACACCUGCAGCUCCAGGGAACUCUCCAAUCCCAAGUUGGUGAUGUUUACACACGAGCUCUCCGUUUAUUUAUUUAUUUAUUUUUUGCUCAUUUCCUUACUCUGAAACGUCCUGCAAGACGAAUCAUCUGCGUCUCCUGCUGAGGAGUCGUCUAGCCGAUCGACCCUUUAUUGUGACCCUGAAGCAGGCAGGCUCUCUAAACAGGCUUCGUCUCUCCUUUCACCCUUUUUACACGAAUUUCACAGGAACACUAGUCACCAGGAGCUGCUAGUUCAACCCAUUUCCAUGGAAAAAAGGGGGAUUAUUUACUCGGAUUCCUGUUAGCAAGUGAGAGAAAGAGGGGCGUGGAGCUGUAAAGAAAUCGCAGACAAAAAAAUAUUCCACAGUUCCUUGUAACAACUAAUAAACUGCAAGAAGCCUCAGCAUGUAUAAAGAUACCUGCAGCCUUUUAACGUUAGGAUAGGAAACCACACACACACACACACACAGGAGGACAUGGUGCCUCUUUGCUUUUAACUAACACACACACAAAGAAACACACAUUUAAACAUCGCAGAGCAAGUUGUCUCAUGAAUGUCCAUUCCCUUCCUUAUGAGUGCGCAGCUUCCUGUUUAUCUGUUAGCGCUCCUAUCCUUUUUCUCGCUCUCAUUUCAACCUGACAGAAUUCAUUUCAUCGAGUAAAAAAAUGGCACCGAGUUCAACACUCACAGACUCGCACACCUCCUCCAGUGCUUCUCCAACUUCUUCUUUUAUUUUAUUUUUUUUUUAUCAUGAAUAUCAGCAGUAAUAAUAAUAAUAAUAUCAUAGUAAUGUAUUUGACUGAAAGAACCCAGGUGGUUUAUUUAAAGCUUGUGCAUUUUGCAGUUCAAGGUGUAACGCUCUCACUAUCUGUUGAUUAUGGGCCUGUGUGUGUGUGUAUAUGAAUGUGUGUGUGUGCAGGGAUUUAGCAGAGCAGCUACUUCCAUUGCCUAUGUGCCACUAUUGUUGAUCUAGAUAUUGGGAGAUGCAAUGUAAUAAUCUGUCCAAGUCUCAUUGGGACAGAUGUGCUUUAUGUGAAGCGUUUAGCCUACAGUUGUGUCGGCGGCCGUUUUCUAAACAAACUACAGAUGGAAGGUCUUUACGACGGCAGUCUUUUUAGCGACCAUCACAUCCGUUCCAAAUGCUCCAGCAGAACGUUUUUUUUUUUUACGAGAAUCGCCUACAGAGCGGUCUGUACGCGUCGGAAUAAACAACCCACAAACCCAACCCAACGUACCGGCAAUAAGGCCUCGUCCCCCUCACUGUGGCUACACAAACCACUGGCGGUCCAAGCAGCAGAAACCGUGGGCUUGUACAGCCUUAUUAAUUACUACUGAUCUCUUAACAAUCUGUACAGGAGAAGAAAAAAUAAAAAUAAAAAGAUUGCAUGGAACCUUGUUACUGUAAUUAAUAACCUAUACAGUAUGUAAUAUUUAAGUUUCUUUUUUUAAAGAAAACUUAACCUAUUUACCAGCAGCAACAUAAAUGAGUGAUAUUAUUACUAUUAUUAUUAUUAUUAUUAUUUUUAUUUUUAUUUUUUUUCUCAAGGAUGUGGCAUCAGGGGAUCUGUUUGUUUCUAGCUUCUUAAUUGUUUGCUUUUAAAGGUUGAUGGAGAUCUUUUACUUACUUAUUUUUUUGUGCUUGAAAUGUUGUAAAAUAAAGUUAAGAAUCAUGCUAAUAAUAUUCGAGGAUUUUUUUUUUUUUUACUGAAAGUUGGUUUGAGAAUAUAGCUGAGAUUUUUUUUUUUGUUGUUGUUGUUUUCCUCCAGAUCCAUUCAGCCCCUGUUCACUUCACUCCCUUUUAAUGAAUAAAUAAAAUAAAGAAAUGAUUUGUAUUUGAACUAAAAUGGUACAUCUAUUAGAAGCUCAAGCCAUGCACCUAGAUACAGAGUUAAUGAAAGAACCACUUAAAUAAAGCCGUAUAUUCAUGAUUUUCCAUUUUUCUUGUAAGACAUGAGCAGGGGCUGAUUUUGAGAUUAGAUUCUGGUUUACACAGGCCAAUGCUGAAUGCUGGGUAAUGAAGUUUUUAACAUGUAUACGUGUGUUUGAAGGGCUUUGGGGGUGGGUACAGCGGCUCCAGAGGCCCGGGAUUGUAAUCUGUGUAUCUGUGUAACGUGGUUGAUCCGAGGGAGCAUCUAAUUUAUUAAUAUUUUAUUCAUCGAUCGAUGCUGGCUUAUUAUUCAUUCAUCAGAUUUUCUGCUGUAAAUGAUGACAGUUCUGAGCUUUUUGCGUUUUUUUUUUUCUUUUUUUUUUCUAGUAAAGACGUAGAUGGCUUGUCUGUGUUAACUGAUAAAUUGUCGAGCUUUACCUGGCAACCCUGUUUUAUGUGCCUAGUUUCUAUUGAGCAGCAUCUGGAGCCUUGUACCCACUACUGAGCACGGAAUUUCUGCAUCGCAUUGGUAAUAUUGAUUGUGCAUACAUUAUUUUAUAUAUAUGAAAAAGACAAUGGAAAUAAUAAAGAUUAUUUAUCUUGUUAUUUA